AGGAAACUGUACGUAGCUGGUCAACUAGUUUUGAAUUCAGACUAGGCUUGAUGAGUUCUGGGGUUUCUAGAGUUGCCAGAUAGUAACCAUGAGUUUGGGCAAAGAAGGAGAUGUAACACUAGAUGAAGAGGAAAUAUCACCUUUCAAGGAGGUCUGGCAUCAAGUUGCAGGUCACAAGGAUCAUGGAGACGCACCAGGAUUUCUAAUGGGAGCUAAUGGAAGACUCUACAAGAACAUUUCUCACGACUCCAGAGGGGAUAAAGAGGAGAAGUUCUACAAAAUGGUGUUCAGCGAAGGAAAUUUUUCAAGAUUUAGGGAUUUCAUUCCAACAUACUACAAAACGAUAAUUUAUCAGAACAUAAGGUACAUGGCGCUAUCUGAUGCAUGUUACGGAUUUAAGGUGCCCUGUGGUUCUGACAUAAAAGUGGGCUCAGUAGACUACAAUACACAGGACAGUCACAACAAACAGGAAACUCACAAAACAAAGUUUCUGGGUAUUGCUCCAAAUUUAGGGUUCCGUUUCGUUGGAGCUAAUGUUUAUAACGCUGUCGACAAAUCUGUUGAGAAAUUGGACAAGGACUGGGGCCUGUCCUUCACGAUAGAGAACGCAGCAGUAAAAACAGAGGAGUAUUUUCAUGAUAAGAAGAGUGUGCGACGUGAUGUUCUACCUUCACUAAUCAGGCAGAUGACAGGUUUGCUGGAAUACUACACUACACAAAAGUUAUUCUGGUUAUGUAGAUCUUCUCUUUUAGUAGUGUACGAUGGUUUAACCCCGGAGAAAGGCACGGUGAAGAUGAUCGACUUCGCUCACCACACCACUCAGGAGAACUCAGAAGACAACACUCAUGUAGAUAUAGGGCUAAAGAACCUUAUUGAUAUCCUAUCUCACAUACACAGUGACCGGACAAACGAGUGGAAACACGACUAGUAGUAGUGGAAUGUGAAGAAUUCUGUGGAAGUGAAUUGUGGUGAAAUAUUAGAAUAUUUACCUGGGACCUCAGGCUUUUCUGUUCAUAAACAGAAGAUUGACAGGCUGAGUGCCGCCCAGUAAUAAAAUAUUAGACUAGAAUUUUGUGUGAUUUAGUCUGAAUUUUAAGGAUUCCGGCUAUAUUAAUUUUUGGAAGAUUGUCAAUUAGUUAAUCAUCACAGGGUUUUAAUUUUAUCGUAUUAGUUAAUUUUAGUUUACGUAGUUGCUCUAAAGAGUUUGAAGAUUGAUUAUGUAUAUACAAUGGAUGUAUUGUGUUCAUUUAUAAAGUUAAUAAUUUUCUGCCUAUAGUUAAUCAUUACUUGAUAUACGUUUCUUAAAUUAUUCAUAUCAAAGACUUUUACCGUUGAGUUAUUUUGGGGCAAUAUCUUAAACUAAAUCAAACUAUCAAAUUUAGACCGAGUUGUUAAAUAUUGGAUUUUUGUAAGCUAACAAUAUCAUAUUGUGAUCGUGCAAAAAUGCGCAUAUUUUAUGUUUUUUAUUGUUUUCUGUCUGUUUAUCAUGAAUAAAUGGUAAUGGUAUAGUACUGUCACGACUACAUCGUUCAUUUCACAGGGUGACUAAAAUAAACAAGUCCAAAAAUUUAUUUCCUCCAAUUUUAUUCUCUUUGUCAACAUUUCCCAAAAUAUAAGCUUAAUAACGACGCUGAAUGUUCACAGAGCCUGUUGUUUUAGUCACCAUAUAUACAGUUAUAUCAUGCUUAUAAGAUCUUUUUAAGAUACAUU